GUCUCCUCAGUCCACACUCCAGGUCAGCGGGUGGCGGUAAUGCAUUUUGCUGCACUUCCAACCGUUCCACAAAACUAAAGAAAAAGAAGAAGAAAAACCUGGUAACAUAGGAACGUUACUACCGCCGCCUGAAUAAUCUGUACUCCUUCUGACGACCGCUCGCUAGGGGCGAGAUGAACCCCCCGGCCAUGUCAGAGUCUGCCCCCCUGUUCCCAAACCUCAGUGCCUUGGGCGCAUCUGCUGGCCCAUCGGGCUCCGACAUGGAGCUGCAGAAGAUGCUUAUUGACGAGCGGAUGCGAUGCGAACACCACAAGACCAACUACCAGACCCUGAAGGCAGAGCACACCCGUUUGCAGACGGAGUACACGCGGGCACAGGACGAGCUGAAAAGGAUGCUCUUCGAUAAGCAGGGCGUCCAGGACAAGCAGCAGCUGCUGCUGGCCGAGCUUCAGGGGGAGCUGCUGGACAGGACCAGGGAGCUGGAGGAGCUCCGGAUGCAGGUCGUCACUCCUCAGAAGCUGGAGCUGCUGCGAGGUCAGAUCCAGCAGGAGCUCGAGGGCCCGGUGAGGGAGCGUUUCAGCAAGCUGGAGGAGGAGACGGAGAAGUACAGGUCGGACUUCAACAAGCUGCGGUAUGAAUACACAAUCCUGAGGUCGGAGUGUGACCACCAGAGGGAGGAACACGCUCGCAUUCUGGAGGAGAGGAAGCUCCGCUUUGAUGCAGAGGUCUGCCGGCUGGAGAGGGAGAAGGAGGAGUGGAGUGCCCAGAUGCUGAGUUCAGACCCGGCCCGGGACAGCAAGCGGGUGGAGGUGCUGCUGCGGGACAAGGCCCAGCUCCACCUGCGGCUCAAAGGCCUGGAGGCCGAGGUGGCUGAGCUCCGGGCAGAGAGGGACAGCUCCGGCGCCCAGGCCGAAAACGUGCAGAGGAUACAGGUCCGCCAGCUGGCCGAGUCCCAGGCUACAGUCAAGGCCCUGGAGGCGGAGAAGCAGUCACUGCGGCUACAGGGCGAGAGGCUGGAGGGUGAGCUGAAGCUCGGGCUGGAGCAGAACACCUCGCUGACCGGCCGGCUGCACAAGGCCGAGAGGCAGGUCAACCUGCUGACCAGCCAGGUGGAGCAGCAGAAGCACUCGCACAAGCUGGAGCUGGCCAACGUGAGGCUGGAGAGCGUGAGGGCCAGGGCGGAGGUGGAGAGAGAGAGGGACUCCCUGCAGAGUCAGGCGGAAGGGCUGCAGCUGGACGUGGAGGUGCUGAAGGAGGCGCUGGAGCGCGACAGGGAGCUCCUGGUGGAGAAGGAGCGGGAGGCAGUGCGCAGAGUGCAGGCGGCGCAGGAGGAGGAGUUCCGCAAGAUGGCCGCCGUGCAGGAGGAGAAGCUGGAGCUGGAGGCCCGCCUGUCGGAGCUGGAGCAGCACAGGGUGCUGCAGGACGCCGCAGGGAGCUCCCAGAAGGAGGAGUGGGAGGAGCGCCUCCGUGCCGCCCAGCUGGGGGAGGAGUCUGCCCGGAGGGAGGCGCAGAGCCUCAGGGUCAAAGUGCAGCAGCAAGGGCUUCAGCUGGAGGAGCUGGCGAGGCAGAAACAGGAAAAUGCAGACCUCAGACAGAGAAACCAGGAUCUGAGCGUGCAGCUGGGCACGCUGGGACACUCUGAGGGUGAGCUGCUGGAGACCAAUCACAGGCUGCGAGAGACGCUGGAGCGGCUGAAGGAGGAGCUGAGGAAUGCGCGCGGUCAGGCCGAACGGGCCCAGCAGGGAGCCGAGAGGGCUCUGGAGGAGCGGAGGGUGGAGUGGUUGGAGGAGAAGCACAAGCUCCAGGCCCGGGAGGCAGAACUCCAGGAGAAGCACUGCCAGGCCAAAGAGAGGCUGCAGAGGGCCGCACUGGCGCAGAAGAAGAGGAAGACCAUGAAUGAGCACAGGGAGAAGAAGCUCCAGGAUAAGAUUCAGCUGCUGGAGGCCAAGAUCGCACAGCUGGAGCUGGAGACAACAGCAGCAAAGAAGCCGGCGUACUCUGAGGAGCAGGCUCACCUCCACAGGAGGCUGAAGGAGCUGCAGAGGAGGCACAGCGAGUUCCGCCGGCUCCUCCUGGGCACCCAGCUCUCCUCCGCCCUCGCCCCUCCCACGCCUGGGGCAGAGGGGGUUUUCCCCGGACCCCCUGAUAUGGAGCACCAGCAGGAGCUGGCUGUGCUGAGGAGGCGUCUGGAGGAGCUGGAGUCCAGCCAGCAGCAGCAGCUGGAGGAGCUGGGCCCCCCGCCGGGCAGGGCCUCCCCGUCCCCACUCUGACCUCUGACCCCCCCUCAGAGGAGGGGUCUGAAUGCGUGCCAUCAUGUGUUUGUUUUUUAAAUGAUAUUUUUCACUUUUUUUAAACCACAAAUGUGUGUGUGACUGGUGCUCAGAUUUUGCACAGGAGAUUUGAAGUUUACAUUGUACAGCGUAGAACACUAUUUCACACCCUGUUCUCCCAGCUUCCCUACCUACAGAACAGCCUUAUUUAAAAGCACACCAAGCUCCUUCCGCCUUCCCCUCUCUGCGUGUUGUAAUUCUGUAGGACAUGUGACCCUUAGGUACUGAGCUGGGCUUUCUCCAUAGCGUUGUGUGUGUCUGGAUUGGAUUGCAGAGGUGUCCAAUCUCAUCACUUCACCAGGGACCUGUUCUACUAAGCAUGAUUACAGUGUUAGCAGGGUAACUGCACAAAGUAAAACCUGGAACAGCUCAUCCCUUCUGUUUUACUCAGUCCAGUUAUCCUGCUAACUCUGUAAUCCUGCUUUGUGGAGCAGGCCCCUGGUUACUCAGGUCUGAAUUAUGUGGUGACUUUUAGGUAAAAACUAAAACCAGCCGAGCUUGUGACUCUCCGGGGCCAGGGUUGCACAGCCAUGGUCCAGCAGCAGGACACCUGAUUAGACUAACUUAGCAAUCGUGGUCUUCAUUCAAGACCUUGGUCAGUUGAAUCAGGUGUUGCAGUGCUAGGCUAAAGCGAAAGUCUGCACCCACACCGGCCCUGUUGGAAUAAAAUUGGAUGUCCCUGUGUGUUACUGAGAUCCGUGCAGCAUCGCACUUCCGCUGUAGUUUCCAGCGGCUGAAAAAGCUCUGGCCUUCUCACGGGUAACAUUUUAAGUGUCACUCAUCUAUGUCUGAAUGCGCUAAGCCACAGCUUUCACAUCUCAAACCACACUUCCUGUUUGUGCUUGCGACACGCCUGUGUCUUUACACUUGGUGACCGAACUGUCAGGGCCGGGGCCGUGGCACCACACACCAUCGUUGUGUGACAAUUAUUUUGUGUCACCUCAUGAUUUGUAACCUUUUUGUACACUAUUUGUGCGAUAAAAUAAUUUUAUCUUUU